CGGAUGAAUGCUGCCAUUCAAUCUUGUAACUAUGUGAAUCCUACUAUAAACCAAGCAUUUAGUUUCAAUAUCCUAAAAAUGAGAUGUCCUAAAAUUCCAGAAACAAGUGGAGGCUCAAAAGAUAAGAAAACAAGAAGCAGUCUCAAUGGCUUCCUAGAUCUUCCUGAAGAUGUGAUUGGUAACAUCCUUCAUCGAUUGGGUGGGCAAGAGAUUCUGGGAAAUGCCCAAAGAGUUUGUUCUUCGUGGAGAAACCUAUGCAAAGAUCCAUCCAUGUGGCAUUUUAUUGAUAUGAAACAUCGAAGCGGUGACAAUUCUUGCAUUGGUCCCAUUGGCCGCGGAUACCUUGUCGCGAUUUGCCGUAAGGCGGUUGUUUGGAGCCUAGGACAAUUGACUCAACUCCACAUUGAUUAUUUCGCGACAGAUGGAUUGCUUGAUUUCAUCUCUGCAACGUAUAAUGAAUUUGUUGUUUGCUUUAUAUUCACCUCUGCAAGAUCAAGUAAGUUAAAAUGUCUUCAAAUUAGGGGUUCUUCUGAAGUAGAAGAUGGAUUGAUUGAAGCAGCAAAAAAAUUUUCUCUACUUGAAGAACUUCACUUUGUGUAUGUCUUAGGUGUUCAUGAGUACAUCGAACCUAUUGGUCAGUCCUGCCCAAAGCUGAAUUCGUUCACGUUGAGCUCAUCAGACCAUAGACAUAGGCCCUCGGCCUAUGCGUCUGAUGAUGACUGCAACAAUGACUAUGAAGCUCUAGCAAUUGCCAAAAGCAUGCCUGGUUUGCGCCACCUUCGGCUUGUGGGAAAUAAUAUGACAAAUGAGGGCUUGCAAGCCAUUCUGGAUGGGUGUCCUUAUCUUGAAUCACUAGAUAUCCGGAGAUGUUUCAACGUUGAUCUGUAUGGAGGGAUUGGCGAUAGAAUUGCUCAAAAAAUAAAAGACUUCAAAUGCCCGAAUGAUCCAUUGGAAAAAGGUUGCGUUUGGGAUGCUGAUGUUUUUUAUUGCCCGAGGGACUACUCGUAUGAACGCUCUUGAGGAGUUUGAUUUAUUUCUCUGUAAGUAGUGCAAGUAUUUGAAUUUUUGGAUGAUUUGAUGAACAUGUAAGAUUCUAUGUUGCAAGGUGUAGACCCUCUUUGGGAUGAUGAGUUUUGGAAGCAUGUAAUGGCACAUAUAUGAGAUCCCAAAACUUUAUAUUUUGGAUGUCUUUAUAACCAAGAGAACUUGUUUUUCUUGUCUAUAAAUUUUGGAGGAAUAG